UGCUGUUGGUUCAUUUCCUCUCUGACUUGGCGCAGAGACGCUGCUAAAGGGGGAUUAAAUUACCCGAAAAAAAAAACAAACAUGUAUCCAAAAUUAUAUAUAUAAAAAAAGAGAAGUGUAAGUCACAUUGAAGAGUUUUUUUUUUUGUUUGUUUUUCAUUUUGUUUUUGUUUCCAAGAGGCCUGCGAAUGGCGAGCGCGAGCGCGGAGUGAGUCUCGCGGAAGAAAGUGCCAUCAGGCUGCACCAUGCAGGGGAACAGAGGCCCCGGCCGUCUUCCCCAAUUAGUGACUCCAUCCAAUGGAUCAACGCCUUACACCAUGACCCGGGUGGUACCUGUGAGAUCUCCGCCCCCUGUCAAAGCCCUGCCUCCACCACCAGCACGUCCAAAACCGUUGGCUCCGCCGCCAGCACGACCGCCUUCCGUUCGCCUCCCGGAGGUCCACAACCGGCGGCGGAUGAAACCCACAUGCAUCUUCACCGGCCUCUGCUUCGGCACGUUCUUCCUCGUGCUCAUCCUCGUCCUCAGUCUGAGCCCCAGGGAAGUCCUCGAUGAGAACUGUCCCGACCACAACCUGACGCUGAGUAACUGGAACCCGGGACAAAACCCAAAAAAGGCUGUGGUGGUGCAUAAUGGACAACGGUUCAAACUGAUUGCAUCAGCCACCCUCUACUCUCUCACCAUCCAAUCAGGAGGGUUGGUGGUGUUUGCUGAUAAUAAGGAAGGUUCGAACAACAUUACCCUACGAGCACGCUUCAUUUUAAUUGAAGAGGGAGGCGCUCUUCACAUCGGUGCCCCAAAGUGUCGCUAUCGUUCUCACGCAACCAUCACGCUAGUGGGCCGCUCGGAUGAUGCCUCCGUUUCUCCCCUGCCCGAUUUCGGACGCAAGUUUGUGGGCGUGCGUCCCGGCGGCACUCUGGAGCUCCACGGCGUGCAGCGGCCGUCCUGGACUCUCCUGACACGCACCGUGCCUGCCACAGGCCUGGCAGCGGGCAGCUACGCCUUCCAGAAGAACUUCAGCCGGGGGAUCAACCUUCGCGUGGUGGACCAGGACACGGGCGCUUUGCUAAGCACCGAACGCUUCGACACACACGACUCGCAGAACGACAGCAGGAAGCUGACCCAGAUGCUGCGGUCGCUGCCACACGGGCGCAUCGUCUCUCUCGCUGUGGGCGACUCGGCCGCCAAGAACCUCCUGGAAGAGACCAAGAGGACCAUCCAGGAGCUUCUGGGCAGCCACUACGUUCAUGAGCUCAAAUACAGGCAGGCGUGGGCACUGGUGUCUGUGGUCGGUGGAGGAAACGGUUCAUGCGCAGAGGACGUACGCGAACACGAGAACCACGACACGGGGGGAAAGGCGCUGGCUCGUCGAGAGUUUGUCACCGUGGACGGCGUGCGAUUCUUUGUGUCCGCCUGCAGCGAGUGGCGGAACGGUUUCCCCAUAUCAGGAUUCCAGGUGGACGUGGUGGACCAGGUGAUCCUGAACGUGCAGGACGACGUGAGCAGCUGGAGGCCAGGAGACAGGAUCGUGGUUGCCAGUACCGAUUAUUCCAUGCACCAGGCCGAAGAGUUCACACUGCUGCCCUGCCCCCACUGCACCAAAACACAGCUCCGGAUACAAGGGAAGCCUCAGUACACUCACAUGGGCGAGAUCGUGGACGGCGUGGACAUGCGCGCCGAGGUGGCUCUGCUCUCCAGGAACAUCCUCAUCCACGGAGAGAUGGAGAAGUCUUGCUACGGCAACAACUGGUGUCAGUACUACACCCACGACACCUUCGGAGGACACAUCAAGAUCCUGGGAAAUUUCUCCUCAGUGCACAUGUCGCAGGUGGAGCUGAAGCACAUGGGACAGCAGGCGGAGAGAGACAGCCACCCAGUCCACUUCCACAUGUGCGGUGACGUGGACGAGGACCGCGCCUACCUGGACUCGCUCUCCAUCCACCACUCGUUCUCCCGCUGCGUCUCCAUCCACGCCACCAACGGCCUGCUGGUAAGGGACACAGUGGGAUACGACACGCUGGGUCACUGUUUCUUCCUGGCGGACGGAAUCGAGCAGAGGAACACGUUUUAUCAUAACCUGGGAUUAGUGACGAGGCCGGGGACCAUCCUGCCCACGGAGCGCAACGACACCAUGUGCACCAAAAUACGAGACCGAGUGCACGGAGGAUACACACCAUCACCGGCCACUGAGUGCAAGGCCGUGUCGACGUUUUGGAUCGCCAACCCAAACAACAAUCUGAUCAGCAACGCAGCCGCUGGCUCACAGGACGCAGGAAUUUGGUACAUCUUUCACAAUUCCUCAACAGGAGAUUCUCAUGGGCUCGUACCUGAGACCAAAGCUGAACUCACUCCGCUGGGGAUUUUCUACAACAACCGAGUUCAUUCCAACUUCAAGGCGGGUCUUUUUAUCGACAAGGGAGUGAAGACGAGCAACGCCAGCGCUGCGGAUCCUCGCGAGUACCUCUGCCUCGACAACAACGCCAGGUUUCGUCCCCAUGAGAACUCGGACCCGACCAGGCCGCGCGUGGCCGCUCUCAUCGACACGCUGAUCACCUUUAAGAACAACGACCUCGGCGCCUGGAUCCGUGGCGGUGACAUCAUCAUAAGGAACUCUGGAUUUGCAGACAAUGGUGUCGGACUGUCAUUUGCAAGUGAUGGCAGUUACCCUAAAGACGUGGGCUCCAGUCAGGAGGUGUCCGAGUCUCUGUUUGUGGGCGAGAGCAGGAACCGCGGCACCAACGGAGGACAGAAUAAAUACUGGGGUGCCGGAGGAGUGGACGGCAAUCGGACGCUGCCCCGAAACAAAACGUUCCCUAUCCGUGGGUUUCAGAUCUAUGACGGACCCUUGAGGCUGAUGAGGAGCACGUUCAGGUCAUACACACCGACUCCGGAGCGCUUCACCAGUGCCGUGGGCUUCAGCCUGAAAAACGCCUGGCAGCUCACGCCGAGGAACAACCUGUCCUCACUGUCCUUCCAGCCCAGCGUAUCCCUUAGGGCGUUUUUUGGCCGUCCUGGUCAGUGGUUCGAGGACAACGACUUAGACGGAGACAAAAACUCAAUCUUUCACGACCUGGAUGGCUCAGUGAGUGGCUACCCCGACACGUACGUGGUGAGAUCGGACAACUUCCUGCUCCACCACCGUGACUGCGUGAAGGUGCCGCAGUGGAAUGGGUGUAUCUGCAGCGGCCGCUACGCUCAGGUGUACGUAAAGACGCAAGGCGUGCCUAACCUGAGCCUGUCAAUCAUCAGGGAUGAGUAUCCUGAUAAGCCGUUGGUGUUGAGGGGCAUUAACAGCCAGACAGCACUCUCACAGCAGUACCAGCCCGUUCUGAUGCUGAGCAAGAGCUACACGCUGCACUGGAACGGCCAGGCACCCAAAGAAAUCGUCCUCUUACUCGCCAACUUUGACCCAGGCGACUGGGCACUCUUUGGCCUCUGCUACCCUUCAGACACGGUUUUCCAGGUGAUGUCAGACAUUUACGACCGUCAGAACAACGUGUUCGAUGGCAUGGAGGACUACGGCUCCGUCUCCUCUCUGGCUGAACUGGAAAAGCGCCAACAGGACAGGAAGUACUUUUUCGACCGGGACACUGGCUUGCUGUGGUUGUACACUCGAGCACGGCAUCCCCGUAACGGCCACAGUUACUGCUCUACCCGAGGCUGUGAACGGGUGAAGAUCACCGCCACCACGAGCACCAAACAAACGUGUAACUGCACCGCUGCUGCCUACCCCAAGUACACCAAGGAGCCCAGAGCGCCAGUGCCCAUGCCUGCGCCUGUCACACAACCCUGCAACAAAUGCGGGGCCUCGAAGCUGGUCUUCUCCAGCGACCCGUGGAACAGCUACCUCCAAACACAGAUCAAAUCCCUCAGUGUCGCCGAUGAGCAGAAAAACGACACGCAAGCCUUCAUCACUGUAAACACCAAACAAUUUAACCUCAGUAAAACCGGCUUCCUCGCUGUCACCGUAGACGCCUGCACUGGCAAAGUCAUCAAGAAUUUGUUUUUUCUAAAGCGGGACUCCAAAAUGGAGCAGUACUUCAAGGCUGAAAUUCCAGCACGGUCGAUUGUCCUGCUGGCUUCAAGAGGACAACCUGAUGGCUUUGCCGGUGUUGCGCAGUAUCUCGUCCCCCUGGGAGCAGCCAAAGUGGCAGACCUGCAGGGGAAAGGGAGUCUGUCGUUUUUUGGCUUCCAGGGAGCAUCAUCGCCUCCACCAUGGGUCUCCCUCCUGGUGAACCAGGGUCAAGAGGUCGUGGAAAAAUAUAUCCCUCUCUCCCUAGAUGAAUAUUCGUGCACUCCAGGCACGGAGCCACCACAAAGGAAAGAUCUAGACCUGCUGAGGAAAGCUCUGAGUUAAGACCUUACAAUGUGAACACGAAAGGCCAAAGACUGAAUGUGAAUUUAUGAACUUUAUUUAUUUAUAGCGAACAAAACACCUUUGGGGGGGGUAUUUUAUAGAGUACACUGUGUGUUCGUGUGUGGGAGUGAGAGCGUGUGUGUUUUGUCUCGCUGUUGUCCUACGUUUGUAUUUUGUCCCUAGUCCAUGGCACCAAGUGUUGCACUUUCAGGAAAUUCAACUAAACUGUCAGCAGGAAGGAAUGAAAUCAAACUGUACAGCAAACGUAUGAAAAAAAUCACAUCUGAAUGCUUAAGGAAGGAGCGUAAAUGCUGAAGCUGAAAUAUUUCAACAGUCGAAAACAGGUGGAAAAACAGUUAAAUCGGCAAAAGAAGUAGAAAAACAAACGCUUCAUGAGCCUAAACAUGUGUAAAGCAAACCCUUGCACAGUAGACACAAGAAGGAAACACACACUUAAGCAUCCAAACAAACAAAACCAACCAAAACAAGUGGAAAAGCAAACACCUAACCAGACAAAACGCGGUUAAAGCAAACACUUGUGCAGUAGAAACAAGCUGGAAACAAACACUUAACCAGUUAGAACUCAUUAAAAGAGAGUAUGGAGCCAGUCAGUUCCAGUGAUUUAAGGUAGGUUUCAGUUGAGUCUAGCCUCAAACCUGCUUUUAAGAACGUCUUGAACACUAGAACACAUGGAAAACAUCCAAACCAGACGUCCUGGUCGUUAUCUUCUAGUGUUUAAAGAGUGUCGUGUCUGUGGCUGGACCGUGUAAUUCCCAUUAUGGAGUGCGAGUGGGCUUCGAUUUUUUUCACUCUGAGAAAUGGCUUCAACAUGGUUUCCAAAUGUGAGAUUAAAGUGAUCGAGGAAUAGGAAUAAAGUUCGCAGUGUUAUCUGCAACAUGCAGCUAGAGAUUGUAUUUAUUUAGCGCAGUAAUCACCAACACUGUUCCUGCAGAUCUGCCUUCUUACAGAAUUCCCUCAUCCAACACUGCAGUAGAUCCGAGUCCUGCUGCUCAUGCAAAUCAGAGUGCCGGAUUACUGUAACUGUAUUGAGUUUUCUGUUAGAACUGCGACUCCCGUUUUGACCUGAACCUGUGAUCAGUGUGGCUCAGUGAUGGGCUGAUGAGAAUGAUCUAGAGCCCUGGAAAGGUCAUUUAAAAAAAAGUUCAGCUUACAGUAAUAACACUAGAGGCGAUGGCACUGUGUCUCACACCCCCAUGAUAACAUUUUAAUUAAAGAUGCCGGUCCAUAGUGGAGAAUUAUGAACUCAUUCUGCUUAAACUGAGCUGUAAGCUGUUGAAUUUUUCACUAAAUCAUUGGCACGAGAGCCACAUUCUGAGAACAGGACGCAUGUUAUCAGGAGCAGGUUGUGUAUGUUCGGAAACGCGUAUGAACGUAGAUCUCUUGCACCGGUGCUGGUGACUAGUUUAGCCGAGUGUUGAUUUAUAUAGAGCUGUCUUACUAAAGGCUAAUUAGCUAGCAGGCUGUUACUAAUGCUCACUCGUGAUGAGUGACGACUUCGUGACGCAGUAUUUGUUCAACUGGAUUUGAAUAAUAACUCAAACACUAGUGUUUUGGCUUAUAGCCUUAAACUCUACUCUGCACACAACCCCAUCUGCCUAAAAGUCAUUACUGUAUCCAUACCUGGCGUUUCUUCAGUGUGAGAUUCAGUCAUCUUUCUUGUUUUCUACAUUUUAUUUAUUAUUCUGUAUGUCAUUUCUCGUCAGUACAAUACAGUACUGUUAAAGGAUUGCUGCUCAAAAAACGUUUACACACCUAAUGUACCGUUUCAGAGUAGGCAAGUGCUGAUAAAAAUUCGUAUCCUGAUCGUUGCCAAAGGUUUUCAUUUCACAAUAUCGUUCAUCUGUUUUGUAUUUUAAAAAAAAAAAACAACAUUUUUAUAGAAUUCUCAUCCAGUGUGCAGUAUUAAUGGGAAAUGCUGACUUUACAUUAGUGCCAAAUUAAGGAAUUUUAGAAGAAAAAAAUUCUCCAGAAUGACGAUAUAUUAACUCUCUCUGUAUCCAAGUUGUGGAACGGCUACGAAACUAAUUAGUUCCUGUUCUCACGUACGUUAUACCAGCUUCAAACAGUCGUUUCCUCACCAGCCUCUCUUUUUUUUUUUUUUCCCUCUCUCUUGAAGUUGAGAGAGGAAAAAAAAAACAGCUUAUCAUGUUUCUGAGAAACCACAAAGUGCAAACUUGUGGGAAAACUUAGUUACAGCUUUACCUCCGUGCUGGCACUGGAGACUCCUUAACUCCUUAACACAAAACUUCAACCUAGCAACAAUUGCACAUUUUCUUUGUUAAAUAACAGAUAUAAAGUGCAUCUAGCACUUUAUACAACCCAGAUUUUCAUAUUAAACGUACUUUUACAGUGUCUAACAACAAACACAUCGCCCUGUUUUCUGUGUUCCUUUUAUAGUAAAUGAAAUGCCAAAUUGUCUGUUUUGCGUUAAAGGAAAUUGCCUGUUUGUUAACCACUGUAUUGUUAAAAAUAGAUUUAUGAUAGAAGUUGUUGUAAUAAGGUGUUUUUUGUUUUUUUUUUUUGGUUGGUGUUUUUCAGUGGGCUAAAGAAGCUUGCAACAUGUUCGAGGGCUUGUUAUAGUAUACAAGUGCCUUUUGCCUUUUUCAAGUAUUAUUUUAUAUAUGUUCAAAUGCUAAGCUUCUGUUUUCUAUAGUAUUGCUUUUGUGCUGAAAUUUUGAUAAAACAUUUAUACGUUCUCAUGA